CGCGUGAGGUUACUGGAUGUGUGAAAUAUCGAUAGUCGCGAAGUGGGGUAACUAUUAACAUCGCAAUUCCACUCCCUUGCAACCUCGUAUACCGCGAUUUAAGCAGGGAGCAACGUAGUGCUUUCUCAUUCGUAAAGGAAUGAAUAGCUGAUCACGAUCCAGAAGUCGUAUGCCGCUCCAUUCAGUCGUAUUCGACAACUCACAACGGUUUAAUGGGCUUUCUGGAAUAACUUUGAGAUUUAAACGGUGGCUUACAUAAUCCUGUAAAAAUGUUGGACGAUCUGUUGGGACGGCUUUAUCCUCCUUACAAUAAUAUCGAUCCGAGAACCAACGAGUGGUUUUUAUUGUCGGGAGCAGGUCCGAUCACUAUUAUACUAGUGGCGUACAUUUACAUUUGUACUUCGGCAGGUGAAAGAUUUAUGAAAGACAAGCAGCCCUAUGAUUUACGCAAGAUUCUCAUAGUGUACAACUUUAUUCAAAUUCUAUUCAGCAGCUACACGUUCAAAGAAGCUUUAAUGGGAGGCUGGCUGUACGAUUUCAGCUACACGUGUCAGCCAAGUGAUUAUUCGGAAAGUGAAUCAGCAAUGCGAAUAGCCGGAGCUUGUCAUUUAUACUUCCUCGCCAAGCUGUUUGAACUUCUGGACACCUUAUUCUUUGUACUUCGGAAAAAGCAGCGUCAAAUAACUUUCCUCCACCUCUAUCAUCACACCGUAAUGCUACUAUCAACUUGGGUUGGAGUUCGUUAUUUCAGUGGAACGUUUCAUUUGACAUUUCUCGGGUUGGCAAACAGCUUUGUUCAUAUAAUUAUGUACGGCUAUUACAUGCUGACGGCCUUCGGGCCGGAAAUGCAAAAAUCCCUAAUGGCCUGGAAAAAGUAUAUAACAAUAAUGCAAAUAGUACAAUUCGGCGCUGUUGGCAUACACGCUGCACAGAUAUUUUUCAUUGAAUGUGACGUAUCAAAACUACUGGCUACACUUGUUUGCCUGAAUAGUAUUAUAUUCAUCUACCUCUUCUCGUCUUUUUAUAUUCAGAAUUAUUGUAAGAGUGACACCAACCAUGUAAGAAACACAAGUUCAUCGAAAACUGGUUACACUAGUAAAAAAUCUGAAUAAAAAAUAUUCUUUAACAAUAUGAUAAUGGCAAGUGAUUUAGAAAUAUAAAUAUGAAGGACAAAAAACGAAUCUAUUCAGAACGGCAUUGAUUCUACAGAAACCAGUUCUAGAACUAAUUUUGUAAAUGAAAUUGUAUCGUAUGUGUAUGUGUAAUAUGUUAUUUAUAAUAUAUUGUUUGUGAUAGGUUUAAUUAUGUAUACAAUCAGUCCUAAAAUUAUUUUUGUACAAUCGGUAUUGUCGUCCAUUUUACUUUUUACGGUUGAAAUAUUCGAGACAAUUCUUCUGGAGAAUUUAGGAACCUGAAUAUUCUUGCCGAAAUUUGGUUCUAUGGAACAGGUCUGUAGAAUCGGUCCUUACGUUCAUCAAUGUAAUGUAUAAAUGGAUUCUGGAGAAUCAGUCUAACGUCAGGUAAUAUUCUUUAGAAAUACAAUUUGUAAAAUGGCAAUUACGGCGGAAUCGAACUUUUAGAAUUAAAUCCCUCUCAUUCUACUCCUGAAAAAACCUACGAGGCUGAAGUUAGCCGCAGGGUUCAGCUGCCGGUUAUCGAAAUCCAGGGACGAAUGGGGGCCUGAAGCCCCCAACCCGAGUCUUCCGAUCUUACGUCCUGGCAUCCAUUGAAUAGUGUGAAUACUCAAGUAAACAUGUGACUUUGUGAAAAUAUAAUCAUGAGCUCCCGAUAAACAAUGCAAUUCGUCAGUAUUGGAGUGUUCCAUCGGUCUCGGAGAGGGUAUCAUUUGCUUUCGCGGGUGAAACUCCGCAUUUUGACAUGGAACUCCUACCACUAUUUCAGGGGUAGAACAAGGAAUAUUUGCGAAUUUUUUCAGAAUUUUCACACUUUUCCGAGUCAUCGACAACAACGCUGAACCUGAAAAAUUCCACUUCUUGUUACGUCCGGCGUAUCGCUACGCGUCUCUAUGACUGUAUUUUACAUAUUUUUACAAAGUUCUAUGUUUACUGGAGUAUUCGCACUAUUCAAUGUAUGCCAGAACGUAAGAAUCGGAAGUUUCAGGUAGGGGGCCUCAGGCCCCCAUUCGUCCUUGGAUUUUGAGAACCGGGCGGCGUCUGAAACCUGCGGCUAACCUUGGCGUUGUAAAACACCUAGGCAUACC